UAAGUGCUCAAGGUGGCCUUCUAUAAGAAAGACAAAUCUGAGGAGAGCACUGUCUAAAACUGAGACGACGGACGCCGGACGGACGUGGUCAUCCCUGACGUGUGUCGUUCGACGAGCGCGGGAACGGUUGCCAUGCCGACGCGAUCAGCAGCAACGUCCUACAGCCUUCCUCCGUCAACUUCAAGGUUGCCGCGAGCGACUCGAGCCUCAGGGAGAUCUACCACGGCAACGUGGGCAUGCAUAGCGGGCAGCCGCAGCACAACACCGUCACCAGCAUGAAGCAGGAAAAGCUGGAGCGAGCCGUCCCACACGAUGCGUUGGAGCGCACGGGACACGACCACAGCCACGUUGCGAAGGGAGACAGCGCUAUCGCGACGGUGGCAUGGAUGAUCAUAUUCGGCGAUGGCUUGCAUAACUUCGUCGACGGUCUGUCGAUCGGUGCCGCGUUCCAGACGUCAACACUGACGGGCAUCAGCGUCUCAGUUGCUGUCUUUUGCGAAGAGUGUCCGCAUGAGCUCGGAGACUUUGCGAUUCUCCUAAACUCCGGCAUGACCCUGAAGCAGGCAAUAAUCAGUAACGUUCUGUCCGCGAGUACCUGCUACUUGGGGCUUGUCGUCGGUAUUGUGGUCGGCGAUAUUCCGGGAGUCACUGUCUACAUAUUUGGCUUCGCUGGCGGAAUGUUUCUCUACAUCUCUCUAGCUGCGAUGAUGCCAGAGAUGGCAGAACUGUUGGAUAAGGCGUUGGCGGAAGGGAAGGGCAUGCGGAUGCUGCUGCUACAGAACCUUGGCCUCCUCGUUGGAGUAGUCCUCAUGUUUGUGCUGGCAAUGUUCCAGGGUAAUAUCCAGUUUGUGUAGAGGUGGCGCUGCAGUCACGGCUACGGCCGUUAUCACAUCCUGGAGGUAGUCGAAAUAAACGAAAAACUGCUAUUUUUUUGUAGAAGUUUUAGGUUUUUCGCGGGUAAACUGAUAAACGCUGUGCAUAAAAUUAAUGCGUAGCCGCAGAUUCAUGUGCUUUCUCGCACUAGGGAGUGCUUUUGGUAAGGUUAUGGUUCAUGGCAUUACAUGGAGUGUAUAGGAGCUUAAAAUGUUUUCUUUUCAAACCUUUACAUUGGAAAAGAACAUGGUUACUUUGUCCUUUUCCGGCAGCAGAACUGAUGUACCAGAAAAGUGAAAAUGAGUUAAUUUCGGCCCUCCUGUACCUAGCUUGACUCUAUCUGUGUACACACAUGUUCCGUUGUUGCUUUUUAUUGUUGCAUUCGCCAUCUAUACAAUCCGACCAAUACUAGCCAAUAGAGCUCCGAAGUGAUGACGUCACGGUGGCAUGACAACGAACCUACUG